AAACAAAUUGAAAUAGGGAUUUCUAACUAAUUGAGCCCUUCCGUGUUCCUCUCGCUCCAUGAAAUCCGACUCCAUUCUCUCACCUACUUCCGGAACACAGAGAAGAGAUCAAAUGUGUAAAGCAAAAAGUUUCCCCCUUUUUCAAUUUCAUUAGCCUACCUUUUCCUUUAUACAUCAAAACCCUUGAAGCAAUCACAAUCUCCGAGCAUUAUCUUUUAGCUCAAACAACAAUCAGUUCAGACGCCAUGGAUGAAUCUGAAGCAUAUCCGUAUUACUCCUCGCCGCAAUCCGGAAGAGCCGCCGCCUCGACGCCGUCGUCGUCCACCACCAGCGUCCACGUGACGGCGCUGGACGGGCUGGUGAACGUGAACUCCCUCUUCACCGUGGCGGUGUUCGUGGGGCUUUCCCUGGCCACUCCGGGGCAGAAGAGCCUGGAAGAGCGGUCCAGCUGCGACGCGGGGAUCGAUGUGGUGAAGAAACUCCUGGUUUUCGAGGUCGUCUCUUUCAGCUUCUUCCUCUUCUCUUCCCUGGUGGCUCAGGGCCUGAAACUCGCCAUUAAUCUGCUGAACAGCAAGGAAGCGGACGAGGCGUUCAGGGCGCAUGUGAACGCCAAGGUUCUUCGGCUUGGGAUGGUGGCGUCGGCGGUUGGGUCGGUGAUGGGGUGCCUGUUCUUGAUGCUUUCGAUGGUGAAUGUGAUCGAGAUCCGGCUGGGGAUGCUGUCUUGUGGGAGCAAAUCUGCUGUUCAUACUGUGGCGGUUUUGGUGGUUCUGGUCACCUCUGCUCUUCUUGUUUAUAUUUCAACUGUCAUUUAUGCUUUUCUGCACUGAAUUGAACCAUUCAGCUAAAAGCUUAAUUGAUCAUUUGUAUGAGUAGUUUUAGUGUUUCGGAGAUUUUAGUUGUGUAAUUGUUGUCUCAUUUCAUACAUAUUUGGUAUGGCUUCAAGCUUCAGAGUCCUAGCUUUUAAGUUGAACUGGAAAUACUUUUCAAUUCUUCAGUUUUUCAUUUUUCCAGACUUUAAAUGGGGGAAUUGUACAAGAAAAUGGGAAUUUUCGGUUUUCGUUUAUGAAUUUUGAAGGUUGUUUGUUGGAAAUUGGAAUGGAGGAUUUGGCA